AUGAAUAACAAAGAUCCAUCUAACAUAAUCUUCCGCAGAAAGAACGGACGUUCAACCCCAAUCUUCAGCCAGAACUCUCUUCGGCAAAGAUACGGUCGACCCAAGUCAGCAUUGCAUGUGCCAAUCCAGCUAUCGUCACCACUGUCACCAAUCAAAAACUGCCAAGCCAUGAAGGACUUCACAUGGGGAGGCAAAAAUUUGCGGACACCAAAUGUCAUUUCCGCCUGCAUAGAUUUCACACCAGCUCCGACAACAGCGUCUCGAGAGGACAUGGAGGGCCUGGCUGUAUUCGAUAUCCAAUCUGGCAAGGAGGGCACCCUAAACAGACUCGCAGGGUACGAGAUUUUUCUGUCAAACACGACCACGUGGGAGUUAGAUGACCGCUGUUACAAAGACACCACUCCUAACCUGGGAGCCAUGUCUGCUUCAUCAGUUGUUACGUGUCCUGGUGUCGCUAAGUAUCUGACAAUAUAUAAUGACCGUCGUGAAACAACCGAAGCUUGGUACUCUAGCGACGCUGUGUUGGAACUAUGUGAGGUGUACGUCUAUGCUGGGUGCUCUAUGGGAUAUACAGGCACAAAAUGUGGCUGUCCCCUCAACUGUCGGGAUGACAACUGUCCGAUAACCUAUGGCCAUUGUUACGAAUGUGAUGUCAAAUUAUAUGGAAAAUUCUGUAAUCAGUCUUGUCGUGGUGACUGCAAAAACAACAUAUGCGAAAUGGACAGUGGUUUAUGCAGAGAAUGUAAACUGGGAUACUAUGGCAUUGAAUGUAACCUGUCCUGUCCUAGCAAUUGUCAAGGUAAACUAUGCGACAGAAAAAGCGGAGAAUGCGCAGUAUGCAUCGCCGGUUACCACAGCAGCUGGUGUAACGAGGAUUGUGGUCACUGUCAAGGCGAUAAAUGUGGAAAGGACAAGGGGCACUGUAUGUCAGGAUGUGAAGAUGGCUGGACAGGCGACUCAUGUGAAAUCAAGGUCGUAACUGUAAUGAAUGAAGACGCAGCAGUUGGGAUAGGAGUCGGACUCGGAGUGAUUAUACUAGUUCUCGUCAUCGUAAUAGUCGCACUAGUCAGACACCUGUCUUAUAUCCAAAGAGACACGAAGAGUCCAGUGUAUAUGACAGACGUAUCAUCAUCAAGCAAUGAACAGACGUUGAGCCGAAACCAAGAUCAUUCCUACAUCAACGUUCCAAACAGGGUACAACACUUCAGUGAUAUUUCCACAACUGAAAGAAAUUAUGAACAGCUCGGACCAAGGGAAGUGUACAUUCCAAAUAUAUACGAGACCACAAAUGUAGACUAG